AUGAAUAAAAAACUUUCUGAUCUUCGUAACGCUAUUAAAAGGAUACGAUUUAAGCCCGGAGAACCUGCAUAUCUUGUCUCGAUGUCAUUCUUCAACGAGUUGGAACAAAGUGCAAAAACGAAUUUUCCAGUCACAAUCAUUGAUAACUCAUCACUGUUCAAAAAAGAGACAUUUAAGCCUAAUUUGAAGGAAGGUGUCGAUUACAUUACAGUUAAUCAAGAUAUUUGGGAUUCUUUACAAAUGGAAUACGAAAUUAAGCGUGAAGCCAGGGUCAAAGUCCUUGACAAUGGCCAUCCUGAAUUAUAUCCACUGAAUAUAACAGUUACAUAUAAAAAUCAAUCUCGUAGCAUGAUUAUUAGCAGAAAUGCAGAUAUGUCUAACUUAUUGUUACGUGUUAUCAUGGAAUUUAUGAUACCACAAGAUCAACCAUUCGAUUUAUAUACUACUUCAUCAAAAGAACCAUUACCAUUAGAAGGAAAUGUUGUAGAUGUACUUAAAUCAAAUUAUAAAGUCGAUGUUCGUCCAGUAGAACGCAAAAAAUCAGAUGCACCAGAGAAAGUCAAAGGAAUCAAGACAUUAUACCAAACAUUUACACCAGAAAAAACUACAAAUCAAGAAAAUAUUUCACAAGAACAGACAUCCGCAGAAAAAGAAUCAGAAAAGAACGAUGAAAAUGACGAACAACAGACAGCUACCCAACCAGAAAUGGAAAAACCAAAAGUAAAACCAUGUGGAAUGUUAAAUCUCGGUAAUACAUGUUAUUUGAACGCUUCUAUACAAUGCCUAGCUUCUAUACCACAAUUUGUACCAGCAUUACAAUCAGUAGAUAGUCCACAACAUAAAAUAACCCAUGCACUAAAUUUUGUUCUUAAUACACUCCACGAAAGAACCAAUGCUUCAUUUGAUCCAACCAAUUUCAAGUCCCAGCUUGGCGAAUUCAUCCCUCUUACGCGUGGUUUCGAGCAACAAGACGCCCAUGAAUUUACAACCGCUUUAAUUGAGAAGUUACAAAGUGAAGUUCCCUCUGUUGCGUCACUUUUCUUCGGUCGCAUGAUUUUCCAAACUGUAUGCGAUAACUGCCACAAAGUUACAGAAUCGACUGAAGCCUUUACAUCCUUAAGUCUUCCUGUUGCUUCUGCUAGAAGAGUUUCAUUUGUUCCAUGGUCGAUGGACUCUCCAAUGACCAAAAUGUUCCAACCUCCGAAAACAAUCAAUCAUAUUUUGGUAGGAGAUGAAAAUGAACAUUAUAAAAUCAUUGAAUGGCCAGCAUUGAACUUUGAUGAUGUUUAUGCAUUGGAAAUCCCUCAGAACAUGAAGUCAAACAAAAGCCUUGCAAUAGUAAGAGUCAGAACAACAGAUGGAGGACAUUUCUUGACUUCUCCAAUUUUGGUCGAAGUUCCUUUAGGCGAAAAAGUGUCACCAACAAGAUUGGUCGGAAUUGUAGGGUCCAGAAUCAAUAAUUUGUGGGUGAAGGAGUUCCAGCAACAAGCGACACAGAACUGGAGAAUUGCUGUUGGAUACGAGCGCUUCAAGAAACCACAAGAAGGUCUUUUGUGCUCUGAAGAAAUCGUUGUAGAAGUCAAGUCAAGUUUCACUUUCCCAGAAAAAGGAUUCAAAGAUAUAAGAUCUAAUUAUUCCUUGACAACUGCAAGCCUUUCUGACUUGAUUACAACAUUCUUGGCACCAAGCAGACUGGACCAAAACAAUACUUGGAAGUGCCCAUACUGCGAGGAAUCGACAAGGGCUGUUAGAACAGCUCAAAUUGUCUCGAGUCCGGACGUUUUGUUGGUCCAACUCAAACGGUUUUCGGUUGGAAAAUUAAAAGUUGAUAGAGAUGCGACAUCUGUCGAAUUGCCUCAGAAUAUAGAGUUGGCAGGUAAGUCAUUCGUACUUAGAGGUGUUGCCAACCACUCUGGAGGAACAGGUGCUGGUCAUUACACUGCACUUUGCAAGAGAGGAAAUUUCGUAUUUAAUUUCAAUGACUCGAAGGUGUCUGUAUCACAAGGUUUCCCAGCUGAAUCAUAUGGAGCUUAUGUUCUCUUCUAUUCCGUUGAAUGUGAAGAAAAACAAUAA